GCUUCACCGGCUCAGCCCAACUCACGUUGUUUGGUCAAAACUAGCUUUUCUGAUUCAUGAGGCUACUCUUUGUGAGCUGCCUUUGCCUGGCCACGGGCAAGCGGUUUUCCACAGGGCGCUCCCAAGAGGACCUGGACGUGGAUCGCGCGGAUUCAGACCUCGUCACCUGCACUGCCGCGGAAGUGCUGAAUGUGGAAGGGGCUCCGGAAGAUUUCCAGAACCCGCUGGUGGACUUGGAUUCUUCUCAUCGGCUUUUCGCGCUGCUGGGCACCGGGGUUGACAGCAGCGCAUUGCAAACUUGCUACAAUCUGCAUCGCAAACAAACCAGCUGGAAGCUGACUUGGAAGCAGAAGGUCAUGGACAAGUUGGUGUCGCUUUCCACGACAGCUAUGGGUACCCGCGUUCGAACUUCCGUGCUGCAACCGCUGAUGAAGAACAUCCUGGACUGGGGCCAAGACGCAGGCGAGCGACUGAUCACCUGGGCCUUCGAGCACGACAUCCCCAGCCCCUUUUGCAGGGCCAAGGGCGAAAUACGACGAGAAGGAGAUAGGGACGUCUGGAAGCAUUUCGGGCAUUUGUUGCUGAGUGGCAGCAGUGGGGACAAGGUUCCGGACCCUGGCUCUCAGAUGGUGAACCAAAGCCUGAGCCAGCUCAUCACCAAGGCCAUUGGAGCGACGCUGCAGGCAGAUUGCGGAAACUUGGAGGACCAAACAGUCGACAGUAUGACGCUCUCGUGGAAUGAGAGUGUGACGUGGCCACCGGUGGUGCAGCGCAGCUUUGAGCUACUUGCGAGCCAAAAGCUGACGCCUAGGGAGAAGGGCUACGCGCAAGCGUUGCUGAACACCUUUCAGAAAUACGUCAUCGAGAACAACGUGGACCUCACAAAUCCCAUGAUCCCACAGGAGGUUCAACCGCUUUGGGAUUUGCUCGUGGUGGAUAGCAGCAACAAGAGCAGUCGGGUCUUUGCAGCGCCGCAAGAAGUCUUGCAGCAGCCGACAAAUGCGACUCAAAGGCCCAAGAGCUGCAGCUGCCGGCACAUCGAGCUCGCCACCGCCGCCGCCUUGAGCGACCGCAUGGCCAAGCUGGGCUUCGACGCCUCCCGUGCGGAAAACAACUGGGUUUGGGAGGCAACCGACCUGGGCAAGAUGAUGAAUUUAUUCACCCUCACAGAGGAGGGCUUGGAAGAUCCCAACUUGAGCUUCCUCUACUUGCUCCAAGAGGCAAACCACUUGACGGCUACACCUGUGGAUCAGAACGGCGGCAUAGUGGGCGAUGAAGCCAGGGCCCGGUCCGUGGUGAAAGGUAUCCUCGUGGGAAUGCCAAUGCUUCAGAACUACCUGGCCCAUUUGGACAUUAAGAAUGGUGGACCCGAGCGCAUCAAGACAGCGUAUGCCUUGAAAGAGAAGUGGUUUUUGUUCCUGAACAUCGCAUGGGCUGUGUGGCAUGAGAAUGACGAUGUCGGCCAACAGAUCUUUUGGCGCGUGAGCAAGGAGGCACGCCAGCAGAAUGUGGCUUUGGGUCUUCUGGUCUCAGCCUUCUCCGUGCUCAGCGAAUUCAGCUGGGACGGAGUCAACUUCAAGGAGGAGAAUUCACCGGCGUUCAAUGACUUCAACGUGGCUUUGUACACCAUUUGGAAUUACAAGUUUGUGCACUCCCUCUUUGAGCCCCGGCGCUUGCAGUUUCACUUCUGGCAUGGCCUGGGACUCCCGCUCUUGGAGGCCUUUGGCAACCAGGGCGACUCCGCAUACUGGGUGAACUAUCGCCGGGAUGGUCUCAUGGCAGCGAUGAUGAAUCUGGCACCGCAGCCACAGGACGCGGAAGAAUGAGGCUCCCGGGGCUGCCGAUUUGCUUCUGAGCUUUGGCCUUGGCGUUUUAAUUUUAAUCACUCUCGGCACAGGUUUCGAGAUGUUCAAUGCCCUAAUGCCGGACAUCGCUUAUAUCAUGGAGUAGAAAAGUGGAGCGCCCAAAAUGAUUGAUGCCGGCGCGUUUGCAGUUGCCAUCCAGGUGGUUGCUGUGGAC